GAGUUGUGGCUGUGGAGGCGCCGCGAGGCCGAGCCGGACGCCGCCGCGCCGCCCCCGGGCCCGACACCGCCUCCACAACCUUAGGAGGUUGCCGACCGCCGCCCGUCGCCGCCGCCGUCGCUUUCCGCGACCGCGCGCGACCGCCCUCGAGGGGCCCGGAACCAUGCAGAAGCCCUCCGUGGUCAUCGACAAUGGUACGGGCUACACGAAGAUGGGCUACGCGGGCAACUGCGAGCCGCAGUACAUCGUGCCGACGGUCGUGGCGAGCCGCGCCCUCAAGGGCGGCCAGGAGGCGACGAUCGACGGCGUCGACGACCUCGACUUCUACAUCGGCAACGAGGCCCUCGCGCACAGCACGACGCACCAGAUCAACUACCCGAUCCGCCACGGCAUGGUCGAGAACUGGGACAACAUGGAGCGGCUCUGGCAGCGGUGCAUGUUCAAGUACCUGAGAUGCGAGCCCGAGGAGCACCACGUGCUGCUCACGGAGCCGCCGCUGAACACGCCCGAGAACCGCGAGCUCACGGCGGAGAUCAUGUUCGAGACCUUCAACGUGCCGGGCCUCUACAUCGCCGUCCAGGCCGUGCUCGCCCUCGCCGCGAGCUGGACGAAGAAGAACGUCAAGGAGCGGACGCUCACGGGCACCGUCAUCGACAGCGGCGACGGCGUCACGCACGUCAUCCCCGUCGCCGAGGGCUACGUCAUCGGGUCCUGCAUCAAGCACAUCCCCCUGGCGGGCCGCGACAUCACGGCCUUCGUCCACAAGCUCCUCCGCGAGCGGUCCGAGCCCAUCCCGUCCGAGGACUCCCUCGAGGUCGCGAAGCGCGUCAAGGAGAUGCACUCCUACGUCUGCCCGGACCUGGCCAAGGAGUUCGCCAAGUACGACGCGGACCCGGCCAAGUACUUCCGCACCUACGAGGGCGCGAAGAAGCAGACGGGCGCCAAGUGGUCCUGCGACGUCGGCUACGAGCGCUUCCUCGGCCCCGAGAUCUUCUUCAACCCGGAGAUCUUCUCCUCGGACUUCAUCACGCCCCUCCCCGACGUCGUCGACGAGGCCAUCAUCAAGUGCCCCAUCGACACGCGCCGCGGCCUCUACAAGAACAUCGUGCUCUCCGGCGGCUCGACGAUGUUCAAGGAUUUCGGCCGCCGGCUCCAGCGCGACAUCAAGAAGCACGUCGACAAGCGCCUCGACCUCAACAUCCAGCGCCUCGGGGCCCUCGGCUCGACGUCGGCGCCCCAGAAGAUCGACGUCAACGUCAUCUCGCACCAGAUGCAGCGCUUCGCGGUCUGGUUCGGCGGCUCGAUGCUCGCGUCGACCGGCGAGUUCUUCCGCGUCUGCCACACCAAGGCCCAGUACGACGAGGAGGGGCCCCGCAUCGCCCGCCACAACGCCGUCUUCGGCACGGGCAUGUGAGCCGGGGAGGCGCCCGCGCGCGCGCGGCCGUAAGCGCGAUCCAAGUC